CAAAAGUAUGGACAAAAUUGACGAAAAAGAUAUAGGCUCACGAGGUACCUACAUAGUACUUCAAACCAAACGAUUACUCAACAACACGCAGUUAUUUUAUUUUAAAUGACGACUAAUUAUAGAAGAAUUCUUACCCUCUAAUUACUCCUCAAUUAUAUCAAUUGUAAUUACGAAAAAUUUCUUGCAUAAUAGAUCAAUCCUUUUUUUUUUUUUUUUUUUUUUUUCUAAUAAAGUACUGUUAGUUAAAAUAUUGCGAUUAUUUUUAGUUUACAAACUCAGUCGUCGAUUCGCAUACAAAGUAGGUACAUUGUACAUUUGCUGAUUUAGUGAAAUUUCGGUUUAGUCAACUACAUCUCGUUUUAUAUUUGUUUUCAUUUCCAAAUUAAGUAACAAAAAUGAAUGUGAUAUUUACCAUCGGCCAAUGGCUAUUUCACAGUUACGAAGAAUUUUGCGAAUUAAAUCUAACGUAUUUCAAAAUAUUCGGUUUGUUUCAAAUGGUGAAUCCUUAUAACAGAGUUAAAAUGUACAGCCAAAUGUUAUGGAUGUAUUUUCACGCUGGAAUCACGAUAUUCACCGGAAUUCAUACCGGGAUUCAACUAGUCGGAUUGUUUAUAAGCGGCGACACCGAUUAUAAAUACAUGAUGAACACCAUUACGCAUAUUGGAAACUGGAGUAUCGCCGCUUUGAAAUUUGUCACGUUUGCUUAUUCGAGAAAACGAUUGCAAUGGUUAUUCGACGUAUUUCGGUUAGAUUUUCUGCACGUUACAAGUAUCAAAGAAAGAAAAGACAUAUUGUACGAUAAUGCCUACCGAUGCAACUGGUUCAUCUUGCUUUACGUACUCAGUUGCUUGAGCACUUGCGCUGUAUGGAAUAUUUAUCCGUUGGCCGAAUUGAUAUAUUACUCGUUGAUCAAAAGUGGAAAUUCUACGUAUAAGCCUCAAAACAUCCUGGAUAGCUGGUACCCGUUCGAUUCUACUCAAAUGCCAAUUUUUUAUUACAUUUACGUUUACGAGUUCGUCAUCUAUUUCUAUAUGCUGUUUGCGUUUUGUUGUUACGAUUCCUAUUUGUUCUCUAUGUUUACCAUGAUGACGGCUCAAUUUCAAGUGCUGAAUGAAUCGUUUUCCGAUAUCGGCUACGAUAGGCCUAUAAGAGGCUACGAUCCGCAUUUGGAUGAUCUGUAUCUAUUCAGGCCCGAGGAAACGAUGAAAUACGUACGAGCUCAUUUAUUCAAGUCCAUAAACAGUGUAUCGCCUUUGGAUAAUUUAGCAUUAUUGAAAACUGAACAAUUACUCGAUACAGAACAUAGAGUACGAGUUGUUCACAUGAAAGGAGCGGAAGAAACGCAAAAAGCACAGGAUUUUUUGGAUCAGUUAAUAGAGUGUAUAUUGGAUUUGCAAAAAGCGAAUAGGUAUGCAAAUGAACUUAUUGAAGUGUACAAUAACGUUAUCGUAUUUCAAGUUAUCGUAAGCAUUGUUACCAUUUGUUUAAUGGCCUUUCAAACCGUAGUGUAUUUUUCGGUGGUUGAAGACGACGAAUUUACAGGAACGCUUCAAAUAUCCAAAAGUUUAUUGUAUUUCGCUUGCGCUUUUCUACUAUUACUUCUUUCGUGCAUGUGUUCCGGUGAUUUAAACGAUGCUAGAAAAGAAAUCAAUGUCGCAUUUUACAAUGCCCACUGGCACGAAUUCAAAUUACCUCAAGAUCUGAUGAAAAAUGUUCUAUUUUCGAUGACCUGCGGACAACGCACUCAUGUCGUUGAAAUCACUCAUCGUUUUCCGGUCGAUUUACAUACGUUUUCCGAGAUAUCGGAGGUGUGCUUUUCUUAUUUCACAUUUCUGUUGAAUUAUUACCGAAAAAAAGGAGGUUAUCAGUGAAUUUAUCAUUAUAUUUGGCAAGUGUAGUGAUUAAACCUUAACUAGAGGUAAUCGAAUAGUGGUGUAGAUGAUUACAUGAUCUCUUACAAUUAACGUAAAAAUACUAUAAUAAAUAAUUGACCUAAGAUGCAAUUAAUAAAACAUUACAUCAUCA